GCAUGUGAGAUCUGGCAUGGUAUCUGUCAACAUCUGUCACCAUCCACUUUGAAGCACGUACAUGGCAAUGCUUUUUCACCAUCUGGAGAGGGAAAUAAAAGCAACAAAACGUCCACUGUGGACCCAGUCCUUCUCCAAUGGUUUAAGUCGGUGUUAUAUUGAUGACACUACACUACUGGUAACUCUGGAGCUACAGUUUGGAGACGCCCGGUCUAAACGCUAACGCCAUCUGCUGUAUCCUCUCUGUCCCCUGGAUCUCAGUCCCCUUCUGGCUCCCUUUGUUGGGACUGACACAUCACUCAGGCUGGCCUCUCUACACGGUGCCAAGUAGGUCACUCAGUCACUGCAGCUCUCCGUUCCAAAGUGCGCCGCUUACGAAACACUCCCAGAUAAACUUCUCCGAUAUGGACUAGAAAAGCUGGCUGAACCACAACUUCCAUUCAUUCACAAGAACCAUUCAUAUCCAACAUGACAGCUGAAAUCUGGGAUGUUAUUGUAGUGGGAGCUGGGUUGUCCGGCCUGUCUGCUGCUCAUGUGCUCAGGAAGAGAAACUCCAAGCUGAAAAUCUUGGUUCUUGAAGGCAAAGAUCGAGUGGGUGGGCGCACAGUGACAUGUGAAAUACCGGCAGCCAAUGGGAAGGACCGCUGGGACUUUGGAGGACAGUGGGUUGGGAGCACACAGAGCCACGUCCUGGAGCUGAUCGAGGAGCUGGGCCUGGAGACUUACCCACAGUUCAACAGAGGGAGGAAGGUGCACCACAUGGGAGGGCCCCGAGCCACAGUGCGCUCCUACACCUCGAGUAUCCCCGCUCUGUCCCCCCUGGUGCUGCUCGACCUCAGCCUCUUCCUCUUCAAGACUGACCGAUUAUGUGCCACUGUGAAUGUCCAGGACCCCUCCCUCACUCCCAAAGCGGCGGAAUUGGACAGCAUGACCCUGCACUCUUAUAUCCAGCGGCACACCUGGACACAAGAGUUGAAGGAGGAGUUGGGCGUGUGCACUCGUUCAGUGUUCGGGGUGGAGCCUGCUCAGAUGUCCCUGCUCUUCUUCCUCAUGUACGCCACAGCUGCUGGAGGACUUCUGGCUCUGCUAGAGUCUACACCAGGAUCAGCCCAGGAGUUCAAGAUCAAGGUACAGGGGGGCACCCAGCAGCUGAGCGAGCGCCUGGCCGAUCGUGUGGGCUGGAAGAAUGUCCGGCUGGGCUGUGCUGUCAGGGCCAUAUGGCAGGACUCGGAGUGGGCGCGUGUUCAGACCUCCACCGGGACCUUUCUGAGCAGGGCUGUGAUUAUCUCCUGCCCCCCUCAUUUAGCAGCUCAGAUCCAGUACGACCCCCCACUCCCGAGUCAGAGGUCCUUCCUCACGCAGAGCAUGCUCGUGGGUCACAUGAUCAAGUUCAUCAUCACCUACCCUACGGCCUUCUGGAAAGAGAAAGGAUUCUCAGGGGAGAUAGUCACCGGAGAGACCACUGGCUGUCCGUUCUGCGUCACUUUCGAUGCCACCAGCCCCACGGGGAACCCUGCUCUGGUGGGCUUCUUCGCAGGGCAGCAGGCCUCGUACUGGACCAACAAAGAGGCUGCGGAGAGAAGAAAAGCAGUAGUUUCCAGCCUGGUGCACUACCUGGGACCUGAAGCUCACUCUUUUAUCCACUAUGAAGACAAGGAUUGGGCCCAGGAGGAGUACAAUGGAGGCUGCCCCGUGAACGUCAUGUCCCCUGGUUCACUCACGUACUACCAUCCCAGUCUGAGGAGGCCCUGUGGAAGGAUCCACUGGGCUGGCACGGAAACCGCAACCCGUUGGUGCGGCUACAUGAGCGGGGCUGUGCAGGCCGGAGACAGGGCGGCUCUGGAAGUCCUCUACGAACUCUGCCCCUCCACCUUGAACGAGGACGAGAGGGAGGAAGCGAGGAAGAGCUACGCCGCCAAGGACCUCCCGCAACCGGCCCCCCCACCCGGAGCCACACUUCUGAGGACCGGGGUGGUGGCGGUGGCUGCGGCAUUGGCUCUAAGUGGUGCUGUCCUUCUCAUGCAAUGUCCCGAAACUCAGGCCAAAGUCAAACUCCACUUUACGAACGUGUUCUCCGCACUUGGGAGCUGGUGAGAGGGCAGAGAAGGAGAGUUCUAUCGUUGUAGAAUGAUUAUCUCUUAUCUCUGAACUAAUGAUUUUCAGCGCCAAACUUUUAUCAGUUAUGUUAUGGCUGUAUUGACCUGAUUUUAAUUACACGUAUAUACUUUUGGUUUGUUUUAGUCUACUUUUAAUCAAUGUAAAUUUCAUGCUAAUUUAAUCGACUAUAUCCAUAAUCGUUUCAGUUAUCGUUUUUUGGACAUUAAAAGCCCUGUACCUGAUUUUUCCCAUGUAUUUGACAAAAAUGUGUUGGCUUGCUAGUUGUUGUUAGCAUUACCAUGAUGGCAAAGCUCAAUCUGGCCUCUGAAAGUUAUAAAAUCAUCACAGUGAAUUCACUAGCAAGGACCACAACCUCAAUUGCAUGCGAAACAUUUAUUGGAAGAACACAAAUAUACACAAUAUAGCAGUGUUGGGGCUUUUAUGGACCUCGUAUCUCUUGGAAUCUGAAAUAUAGGCGGAGAAUGAUGUGCACGAAGGACAGAAAUGUGUGUAGCUGUAGGUUUAAACAGCACAGCAGCAGAGGAGGUGUGGUUCCUGCUACCAAACUUAAGAUAACACGGUAAUCUUCAAUAAUAAUUAGGAUUCUCGGAAGGUAUAAAGUGAGGAACAACUUUAGACCACAGCAAACCAUUUGAAAUUAACUAGUUCUGUCAGUAUAGAACAGGUACAAUGCCUUUAAGCGCUUUUGUUUUCUAUACAUUGGUUGCUUUUGCCUUCCUGCUUGUGUUGCUGGAACUAGCUUUUGGUUCACCAGCUAAAAAAAAAAACAAAAAAACAUGCUAAUAUAGUGCCGCACUCCUUAUGUAUUUGCACCUUUUCAGCAGAUAGCCCGAAAGAGUAAAUAAUGUAAUAUUUGACCAUUUUUUUCAUGAUGUAAGCAAAAGUUUGUCGCAGCUUUGGCACGAAUAAUUUGCCAAAAAUAGAAUCAGCAAAGAAUGUUUUUAAGCCAUGUAAAAAUCCUUCAAAACACAUGUAACUAUCAAUAUAACACAACCAAUAACAACCUUUUAUGAGACUUUUUGUUCACAGGCAAAAGAAUAAAUCUAAUUCUGCCGAGGUAUGAGCUCUUUGACGUCGGAGUCUGUGAAGGCUCUCAGUCAUGCAGGCAAAAUGAGUAACAACAAAAGGUUUGAAACUCCAAAGUAGAAAUCUGAAUCUUUUAUGGGGUGAAAAGGGAACUGACAAAGCCUGUUAGAAAUGGGUGAAACGCAAAUCCAACCUUCUUUACUGUGGAUGUUGCUUUUUGGAGAAUGGUAUAAAUGAGUUGUUUUCGAUGUGUCUGUCUGUGGGCGGCAGAAUCUGCAGUACUUUCUCAAUAAAUGUAACAAAUUCUUAAAGGACACGUUAUGCAUAAAUUACUUUUUGAGCUUUUAACCCGGUUAUAUUGUUACCCCUCAUCAAAAACAUACCUGCAGUUGUACUUUUGCUUUAUUCAUGCUUGUUUCAUUAAUCUUUUAUAUAAAAAUCUCAAAAAUCUAAAAUAUUGUUUGAAUUUUUCCCAGAUUGUUGCGUCACAGGUAAAAAUCCAGACACC